AUGCCGAAGAAGAUGGGCGUGAACUCCAAGGCGGAGGUGGCCCGCGAGCGCCGCUCCGCCGCGGAGGCCGACCGCCGCGACCGCCAGGAGCGCGCCAAGGAGGAGCAGCACUGGGCCGAGGCCGAGGGCCCCAAGUCCCGCGCCGCGCGCCGCCGGGAGGAGGCCGAGAACCGCCGCCUCGCCGAGGCCGAGGCCGCCGCCGUCGCCGCUUCCGCGUCGGCGCCGUCCAAGGCCGCCGCGCGCAAGGCGUCCCGCGUCGCCGCCCCACCCCCCAAGGUCACGGAGGCCGAGCUCGCGCGCCGCCGCGAGGAGGAGCGGCUACGCCUCGAGCGGGAGGCGGAGGCCGCCAAGAAGCGUGCCGCGCGGGUCGCCGAGGAGGAGGAGUACGAGCGCGUAGUGCUUGUCGAAAACACUAACAGGGAUGAUUCCCUCAUCGAGGCCAGGUCGGUUCAGGAGGCCAUCGCGCGGAUGUCGGUCCUGGAUCCGCAGGUGUCCCUGCCCGCUGACAAGCAUCCUGAGCGACGCCUCAAGUCGACCUUUAAGGCAUUUGAAGAGGCAGAGCUCCCUAAGCUGAAGGAAGAAAAACCAGGCUUAACGCUGCACCAGUACAAAGACAUGAUAUGGAAACUGUGGAAGAAGUCUCCAGACAACCCUCUUAACCAGGUUUUGCUUCUAUCUCCUAGCGAUUUUGUACUAUGUCUUCGUGGAUGUACAUGA